CGCACCGCUGUCCGUGAGGUCGAUUGCUCUCCCUGGGCGACGAGUACAAGUCGAUAACCAUUCGGGUUCUGUACUCUGCGCUUUAGUUUUUACAGACAAACAUCCUGUGAAGAACAGCUUGUAUGCUAGAGACCUUUACCUUAUUCUUUUGCUGUCAGUCACAUACUAGACCACGCAGCCUGUUGCGCACACACAGACUCAGACUGUUACAACACAUCCAGAAAAAAACUUUGUUAAUCACCGAGAAUGGGCAAAUCUGAAAGUCAGAUGGACAUUGUGGAUAAGUCUACCACACCGGGGAAGCGCCGCUGGACCGUGGUGGAGAUCGGACUCUCCGUGCUGCUGUUGCUGGUCAGCUGCGCGCUGGCCGGACUCGUGGUGGUGUACACCUCCUCUUUGAAAGGGUCAUUGCAUCGCCGCAGUGUCAACAAUAUGUGUGUCACCCCAGAGUGUGUAACUGCGGCCUCCAGGCUGCUCCGGAACAUGGACCCAGCCGCCGACCCGUGCCAGAACUUCUACCAGUACGCGUGCGGGGGCUGGCUGGCCCGGCAGGUCAUCCCGGACCCCAGCUCCCGGUACAGUGUGUUCGACAUCCUGCGGGACGAGCUGGAGGUGGUGCUGAAGGGGAUUCUGGAGGCAGAGAGUAAAGUGGAUCGGGACGCCUUCAGGAAAGCCAAGACUUUGUAUUCAUCCUGCAUGAACGAACGCCUGAUUGAGCAGCGCGACUCGCAGCCCUUGCUGAAGCUGAUUGACUCCAUAGGAGGCUGGCCAUUGGCCUCAGAGGGGACAGCCAGGGCGGCCUGGAGUCUGGAGGACACCCUGGCCACCCUCAACUCCCGUUUCUACAAGAAGGUGCUGCUGGACCUGUUCGUGUGGACAGACGACCGCAACUCCAGCCGCCACAUUGUCUAUAUCGAUCAGCCAGGACUUGGAAUGCCAUCAAGGGAGUAUUACUACAACGAUGGAAACUACAAAAAGGUUCGAGAGGCGUACCUGCAGUUCAUGGUUGCCAUGGCGAGGAUAAUGCGGGAGGAGAGGAAGUUGCCCCGCGACGAAGACCUCGUGCAGAAGGAGAUGACACAGGUGUUGCAGCUGGAGACUGACAUUGCAAUCGCCACGUCACCUGUGGAGGAGCGGCAGGACGUCACGCUGCUGUACAACAAGAUGACUCUGAGCCAGCUGCAGGAGGCCUUCGGCCUGAAUGGCUUUAACUGGACCCGCUAUGUCCAAGCUGUGCUGUCCAGCGUUGGCACGGAGGUGCAGCCCCACGAGGAGGUGGUAGUGUACGGUGCCCCCUACCUGCAGAGGCUUGGAGACGUGCUUAUCAAACACGACACCAGGACUCUGCAGAACUAUGUCACCUGGCAGCUCAUCAUGGAGAGAGCCAGCAGCCUGAGUCGCCGCUUCAAGGACACCAGCGCGCAGUACAGGAGGGCACUUUUCGGGACGAACGUGGAGGAGGCCCGCUGGCGGGACUGUGUGCGCUACGUCCAGAGCAGCAUGGAGAACGCUGUGGGAGCGCUGUACGUCAGAGAGGCCUUCGCUGGAGACAGCAAGCGCAUGGUGAGUGACCUCAUCAGUAAGGUGCAGGAGGCAUAUGUGGAGACCCUGGAGGAGCUGAGCUGGAUGGACUCCCAGUCAAAGGAGAAGGCCAGAGAGAAGGCCCUGGCCAUCCGAGAGCAGAUCGGCUACCCCGACUACAUCCUGGAGGAGAGGAACCCCAAACUGGACGAGGAUUACGCCCAUCUGAACUUCAGUGAGGAGAAGCACUUUGAGAACAUCCUGCAGAACCUCCAGGCCAUGGCACACAGAGCACUGAGGAGACUGAGAGAGCCUGUGGACCCAAACAUGUGGAUCAUUGGACCUGCGGUGGUCAAUGCUUUCUACUCGCCCAACAGAAAUCAGAUAGUGUUCCCGGCUGGGAUCCUGCAGCCCCCGUUCUUCAGUAAGCAGCAGAUCCAGGCCCUAAACUUCGGAGGCAUCGGCAUGGUGAUCGGGCAUGAGAUCACUCAUGGCUUCGACGACAACGGGCGGAACUUUGAUAAAGACGGGAACAUGUACAACUGGUGGAGCGACUUCUCUGCGCAGCACUUUACGGCACAGACCCAGUGCAUGGUGCAGCAGUACGGCAGCUUCAGCUGGAAGAUCUCAGGACAGAAUGUCAGUGGCAUCAGGACAUUGGGUGAAAACAUUGCCGACAACGGAGGGAUCCGGCAAGCCUACAAGGCGUACCUGAAGUGGGUGGAAAAAAAUGGGGAGGACCCUGCUUUACCUGGCUUGGACCUCAAUCACAAACAGCUUUUCUUCCUGAACUUUGCCCAGGUCUGGUGUGGCUCCUACCGGCCUGAGUAUGCCAGCCAGGCCAUCAAGACAGAUUCACACAGCCCCCUGGAGUUCAGGGUGAUGGGUUCCCUGCAGAACUUUGAAGCAUUCUCCGAGGUGUUUCACUGUAAACCCGGCAGUCCCAUGAACCCCAAGGUGAAAUGCAGGGUGUGGUAGCCACGGCAACCUCCCCUCCAUAGCUGAUCAUUUUUCGCGGAUUGGACCAGUGGCCGGGUGGCGGCAUCCCUGACCACCAUCUUGAGAUCACACCACUGGGGCAGCCAAUCACAGCGCAUGGUGGGCAUGGUAUGGAUUAUUAUAGGACUACGGAACUCUCACUGUCUGAACACUAAGCGUAAAGACUCAUUUCCGAAGGCUAAAGGUAGCAUUAUGCUGCCAUUUAGCAUGGACCCUCAUCUGGUGCUCUCAGCAAAGGGGAAGGGGGGAGGAACAGCAGAUGUGCAAUCUGUUUGCCUCCCGCUCUUGAGGUGCGGGGUGUUGCUGUUCUUGUUUACGAGUGAGCUUGCACAAACAGCUGCAUCGGAGCGCUAAGGGCACUGCAGGCGGGGGCUUCCCUGCUGGAGCCAUUAUGAGGAGAGAGAACAGCGUCUGCUGGCUUCCGCCGCCUCCUCAGACCCUGUGGCGUGUUGCCUGCUCUGGCAACACUGCCCCCUGCUGGUCAGACGGAGAGGUAACGGCACUCCUGUGGUGAGAGAGGCUCGGAGGCCCACAGGGGCUGUGUGCUGUCACAAACCCACAUUCAUUUUCUGUCUUUAUGCAGCCUGCGGGAGUUUCGCUGAGAGAGGACGUUUAACAGCCUCUCUGUGUUCACAAAAACACUGCAGUGAGGAAAGAAAUGGAAAAGAAAGCAAGCCAGCCCUCCUCUUUCUACAAGGCCAAU